AUGCAGAUAAUAACACAUGCCAGAGCAAUCGCUCCCGCGCUAUGGACCGAAGUCAAGGUAAAGUGUGAUGCCAAGGUAGGUCAGCGCAUAUUCAAGGUGGCUGGCCGCAUCUACUCUGUCUGGGAGCGAAUGCAAGUCAACCGCCAUGGAGCGUAUACCAGUCGACGCGCCCGAGCUCUCGACCGAUACGUACACUCGAAGUCGCUCGCGCGCGCUCUAGCGGUCUGCAUACUUACACCAAUGCCGAUUCUGGCGUUCGUCCUACUACAAGAAUUGGUGCCUCUGGACGCGCCUCAGGCUGGGUGGCGAGCCAACUAUCGGUGGUUCGUUCGGUCUACAAUCAUCUUUAUGGUGCUCACGCUCAGCUACAUCCAGCAAGGUGUGAUCUUUCUAGCACCUCUUGAGGUCUCCUGGCGACAAGCGUUGGUUAUCACGCUUUGUACUGCAGGCGCCUACUUCGGACUUCUCGUCGCUGUGAGCACUGCCUGGGUUUUCCCGAUCCCGUUCGCCUGCGUGCUCACCACGGGGGCGUUCACUUGUCUGUUUUUCGGCUUCUUCGUCGCCGUCGUAGGCUGGCAGACAGUCGCAACUACGCCGCAGUUAUCCGCGCAUGCUCGGAUCUUGAAGGGGGUAUUAGUGGUGGAGGCGAUCAUCGUGUUCGUUUAUCCCGCCUUCAAUGCGGCAUUCAGAGUGUUGGUUGGGGCCCAUCAGCUCGCGUUUUUAGUGGUGCUGUUCCUGCUCAAGGUGGUGAUGCGAUUUAUUAUGGCUUAUGCUCUUCGUCGUGGCAAAGGUGGCGUAAGUGACGAGGAGCGCUGGCGAGCACGGCUCCCGGAAGUGGUGGUGUUCAGUACAGAGUUGUUCCACGUGUUGUAUCUGACGGCGUGUCUGCAGGGUCAGCAUGUUACAGUCGGAGCAACAAUUGGUAUCUCCUUAUUCGAUGCAACGGGUUCAAUAAUUAGUGUUCGUCGACUGCUUCAGCGCCGGAGGAUGGUUCUGGUGAGAAAGCCCCUGAGUCAAAGCCGACACGAACCCGAUGGGUCUGCUUUUCAUUCACUUCGAGACUACGUGCUAACAACUAGGCGUUCGCCACGCAGACUUCCGCGAAUUGAGUCCAACACGUCCGCACGGUUCUCCGGUCGUCGGCGCUCUUCGAUUAUCCCAAAUUUUGCCAACGGUCGACGCUUCUCCACGGCAAUUGCAUCCGUCACUAACCUAAAGCUGGCGAGGCGUUCAAGCUCUCGAGUCUCGAGUCAGUCGGGCCAUUCGGCAAACCAAUCCUACUCGCGCGUCUCUCAAGCCGACCGCAAGAGGAAUCGCCCCUCUUACCCGAUUCUGAGACUUACAACAGAGGAGAUUGCGGCAGAAGUCUCUCGCCUGGAGACGCUAUCGAUGGCCGAGUACUUUCUCCUCAUCGAGUACGUCAAGUUCAUUAUCCCUGCCAUGUACGGCGUCUUCCAGUUCGCUCUUGUCCGAUUGCCUAACGCUACCUUCUAUCCGUCCCUGGCGAGUGCUACGCAGCAAGAUCUGUACCACUCGCAGACGAAUAUGGCCGUCUUCGUAUGCAUGGAGGUCGUUUCUCUCACGGCAUUCAUUGUGUUCCUCCAUCGACGCUUGCGCUUUUCAAUGCUGCACCAGUUGGCAUUUGUGUUGGAGACGGCGGCUGACGAUAUUCAAGCGAAGUUGGCGAUGUUUAUCCCAUACUGCUUCUUCUUCUUCCUUGAACACAACGGAGUCGAUUACACUUUCCAAUUCACCUGGACACACAAGGCGUAA